AUGGUUAUUGAUGAUCAUCGACAUGAUAAUCAAACAAUCAUUAAAUCUAAUAAAACUGAAUUAGAUCAUUUUAAUGAAAUAUGCUUAAAAGAAAAUAAUCGAUUAAGACAAUUACAUAAUUGUCCUAAAUUGAAAUUAAAUUAUCGUUUAAUAAAAUCUGCACAAAUUCAUUCGGAAUAUUUACAAAAAUUACAUCAAUUACAAAAAAUUGAUCAUUUUAUAUGUGGUCAAAAUAUGGCUUUAAUAAUUGGUCAGCAAAAUUGUCAAGUUGCAGGUUAUUUUACUCAAAUGAUCUGGAAAAAAACGAAAAAAGUUGGAUUCGGUUUUACUAAAUCAGAAAUAGGUAAUAUAAUUUUCGUUGUUGGACAUUAUUUACCGGCUGGUAACAAAACUACACAAUUUCAAGACAAUGUUCUACCAAGAAGAGAAGAAAUUAAAUGUUUCAUUCCAGGAGCUCAUGAAAUGAAGACCGAUGACGAUUGUUCAGAUGAUCCCAACAAAAAUCUCAAGCAACAUCGACAUUCUUGUUCAAACGGACGAAUUCUUGAAGUAUUUGUGAAAACGCCUACUACUACUACUACUACUACUACUACUACUACUACUACUACUACUACUACUACUACUACUACUACUACUACUACUACUACUACUACUACUACUACUACUACUACUACUACUACUACUACUACUACUACUACUACUACUACUACUACUACUACUACUACUACUACUACUACUACUACUACUACUACUACUACUACUACUACUACUACUACUACUACUACUACUACUACUACUACUACUACUACUACUACUACUACUACUACUACUACUACUACUACUACUACUACUACUACUACUACUACUACUACUACUACUACUACUACUACUACUACUACUACUACUACUACUACUACUACUACUACUACUACUACUACUACUACUACUACUACUACUACUACUACUACUACUACUACUACUACUACUACUACUACUACUACUACUACUACUACUACUACUACUACUACUACUACUACUACUACUACUACUACUACUACUACUACUACUACUACUACUACUACUACUACUACUACUACUACUACUACUACUACUACUACUACUACUACUACUACUACUACUACUACUACUACUACUACUACUACUACUACUACUACUACUACUACUACUACUACUACUACUACUACUACUACUACUACUACUACUACUACUACUACUACUACUACUACUACUACUACUACUACUACUACUACUACUACUACUACUACUACUACUACUACUACUACUACUACUACUACUACUACUACUACUACUACUACUACUACUACUACUACUACUACUACUACUACUACUACUACUACUACUACUACUACUACUACUACUACUACUACUACUACUACUACUACUACUACUACUACUACUACUACUACUACUACUACUACUACUACUACUACUACUACUACUACUACUACUACUACUACUACUACUACUACUACUACUACUACUACUACUACUACUACUACUACUACUACUACUACUACUACUACUACUACUACUACUACUACUACUACUACUACUACUACUACUACUACUACUACUACUACUACUACUACUACUACUACUACUACUACUACUACUACUACUACUACUACUACUACUACUACUACUACUACUACUACUACUACUACUACUACUACUACUACUACUACUACUACUACUACUACUACUACUACUACUACUACUACUACUACUACUACUACUACUACUACUACUACUACUACUACUACUACUACUACUACUACUACUACUACUACUACUACUACUACUACUACUACUACUACUACUACUACUACUACUACUACUACUACUACUACUACUACUACUACUACUACUACUACUACUACUACUACUACUACUACUACUACUACUACUACUACUACUACUACUACUACUACUACUACUACUACUACUACUACUACUACUACUACUACUACUACUACUACUACUACUACUACUACUACUACUACUACUACUACUACUACUACUACUACUACUACUACUACUACUACUACUACUACUACUACUACUACUACUACUACUACUACUACUACUACUACUACUACUACUACUACUACUACUGAGCAUAUAAUAUCGAAAACUGCAUUACUGACUAACCGUUGA